AUGAAUGACAUAAAAAGGCUGGACGAAACAGGAGAGAAGGAUAAUUCAGAUGAAGACAAAAUAAGCCUCGAUGAGUUGAGUGUGUGUUCGCCAAGUAAGUUACACAAACAGACCGACUUGACAGAGGAUGAGGAGGAAGAACAGGAGAAACUCAUCCACUCGAAGCUCUACGAAAGUAUGAAUAAUGGAAAUAGUAGCAUUCAGAAGAAGGACACACAUUGGUUUGAUGACGUCGAUGAUAGUGACGAUGGGAACGAAGGUGACAGUGAUGAAAACGAAAAGGGCAACUCUGCUCAAUUUGUGAAUAAAUUUCCAAACUUGCUCCUAAUUGGGGGUGACGGCGAGGGGCCAGAAGUAAAGUCCAUUCGCGAUGAUGGCAGCCACAACGGUGGGGACACCCCCAGCAACAGUAACUACAAUGAAAACGCGCAAGGUAAUCCGCGUGACAGUUUGCGAAGCAAUCUGCUUGACAAUCCGCUUGACAACCCGCGUGACAACCCCGUCAGCAGCGCUCACGGUGACCUCCUAGAUAAUUCCAACCACAGAGAAAAGCAACCGCCACCGUCAAAAAAUUACCUGAACUGUUCAGGCGAAAGUGAAAAAAUUGAAAAAUCAGCCGAUCAAACCUACACAGGUGGAAGGAAGAAUAACCCAUUUUGGAAUGAAACCGGGAAGGGUACCCCCUCCGAAAUUACAGUAAAGGGACACACACAUACGAAUCAACAUACAGGAAAGAACGAAUUGGAAAAAUGGAGGAAAUAUGUAUCCUCUGAUGAGGAAAGAGACAAGGGACAAGCUGGUCAAACCAUCGUCAGUGAGACAAACGAACGUUUAGCAGAAGUGCCCAGGGGGGAAGACAUAAAGGAUACAAUGUCCAAUAAUAAUGGCUACAGUGAUGAAAGCGGUAGCUAUAUCGGUGUCCGCCUCUCUGCGAUGUCACCCACUCCCCUCGGACAUGAACCGAUACACAGGGUGAUUGACCCCCAAGCCAGCCAGCACAGUGAUUAUGCAAAGAGCGAAAAAGAGACGAGUCGUCAAUUGGGUGGAAGCCCCGCUGGAAAGACAAGCGGACACUACAGUAAGAACAUAGAUGAACAGGGCCUAUUUUAUUCUGCGCCGUUGCUUCACUCCAGCAAGGUGAACAGUGAUGUUGAGGACAACCCUCCUCCUUUACGAGAGUUAUCUGCAGAUGGUUGGAUCUCCUCAAGAGUCGGCAUUUCCGAUAGGGAGAGGGAGAAGCACUUCCACGGGGGGGGCUUUACCAACAACAUGACGAGGAUUAUUAGUCGGAUAGAGGAGUCUGUUCAGGAGAAGAAGACCAAAAAGGGGAGAAGCGGUAGUGAAGGGAGGAGCGGCAGUGAAGGGAGAAGCGGUAGUGAAGGGAGAAGCGGUAGUGAAGGGAGAAGCGGUAGUGAAGGGAGAAGCGGUGAAGGAAGAAGCGGUGAAGGAAGAAGCGGUGGUGAUGACCGCGAUAACCGCGAUGACUGUGGUAGCCGCCACAACGCCUCUGUGGCAGAACAGGACGGGCAGGCCGACACGGUCACCCCGGUGAGUAACUGCAACACGAACCCCGAGUGUCCACCCAUCCGCAUGACCUUUACAGAUACGCCCAAAGUGAAGAGAAGCACCAACCCUAAGUACACACUUAGGAAGUACGGAUCCCACAGUUAUCCAAACCAAGUGAGAUCGCCACCCAGGGGGGCACACAACGACAUGGGGGGUCCACUAAAUAAGAAGCCCCUCAGCAGUAGCCAUGUGUAUGGUGGAGAUACGAACGAGGAAGAAGAUCGGUGUGUGCAGAUGUACCGUUGUCAGAACAGACCGAGUGAGCAGAAUCAAGGGGAGAGUGCACCCGAAGGAACGCAUGAGGAAAGGGACCCCCACAGUGACGAGACGCUCCGACAUGCCUAUCGAGUCGGUGCAAACAGUUUGAAAGCAGCGGGGAACGCCGAGGGUGGCGGCAUAAGUGAUGACCUGUUCAACCGCCCCAAGGCGAACUCCACUGCGCCAGUAAACGAUGCACUCAGGGAGAGAAGCAAACCGAGUUCUCUCACCCGCGUGAGUAGGGUGUCCCAGAGUAGUGUAUCCCCGAGUAGGACGUCCCAGAGUAGUGUAUCCCCGAGUAGGGUGCGCACGAAAGGGGUGGAGGAACACAGACCCUUCAUGGACGACACGCACUUCCACGUGAACCCCAUUAAGAUAAACGACGCCAAUUUAGAGAAAUGCUUUCAUGCCAUUAAGGACUUAUGUAACAUAGAGGAUGGGAAGCGGGUGAACAGCCCCGCAAGAAUCCCACAAGUACCCAUAACAGAGGAUUCAUUUUUGAACAAAAAAUUUAAUGAGGUAGCAGAAAGGAGAGGAAUUAAAAACUGGGGAAUUGAUUGUGACAAUAAGAUUUUGUACUCGACUUUGAAGGAGUGGGUAUGGAAUGAAACGAGAGGAGAAAAAAAAUUCGUUAAUUUUAAGCAGCUGCACAAGUAUGUGCUUCAGCAGAACUCACUCGUGAGGUAUAUAUGGAUUGGAGAUACGGGAGAUAUGGAUAAACAGGCUGGGGAGAUGAUGAUUAGGACAUAUCCACAAAGGAUGAAAGCUGUUUUUUUGCAUCAUGUAAAGGGGAAGGAUGAUAAUACAUUGCUUCCAAGUGAUUACUUUAUUAAGUCUGUACCCAUUUUUUUCUUUCGUACAUACAUCGGUGCUGCUACGAAGGCACAUGCAUAUAACCUGAUUGACAAGAAAGGGCUCACGAGGGUACUCGUGCAGGCUGUGCUUGAUUUGGAGAAAAGCAGAGCUCCUGCGAGUUCUUCCAAAUGGGAGGAUCUAAUUAAGGACAUCAUAUUGAGUGACGCCAUGGAUGAAUUGGACAAGUAUAACGCGGAGACGGUCAACCGGACAAAGAAAAUCAUCGCGCAGCGCAUGCGUGAGAUUUCGGAGAGAAAGCUGCACUUUAUUAGCUAG